AUGGAUACAUCGCCCAAUAUACCCCGCAAGCGAUCCCAACCCCCGUAUCUUAAAACCAAUAACACUCAACGUCGACUCGAUCAAUCUCGUGGUUCAAGGCGACCUGCUCAAGACGAAGGGUCUUCCAAGGACGUGUCAGAUCGCGGCGAUCGUGCAACGCUACGGCCUUCUUCACGCAGUGGGCGAUCACCAACUGCAUCACCACGUGUAAAAGCAAUACCAUCCAUCACCACCAAUAGCGCAUCAUCUCGACGUAAUAAUAACGAUUCACCAUCACCAUCACCAUCACCAUCACAAACACCUUCAACAAGUACUAGUACAACACCUGAACAGCAAUCCUUUGAAUGGAAUGGACAGCUUGAACCUCCUGAUACUGCCGGCGGUAUUGCAACAAUGGAUGUUCAUAUUCAAUCGAUCGCUGGUCGAGCUCCACAUGUACCUCGUGUCAAGGAAAUGCUGAAUCGACUCAGUACAAACAACAAGCUGCAGAUUCGAUCCUUCUUGGCACUCAACAUCCUCCAACGCUUCUUUUCACAAUCAGCAAGUAUCAUGAUGAUGACACCUGGUUCGACUGGUAGUGUACAAUUUGCCAAAUGCCGAAGUUUCUUGACAAUCAACAGGAUGGCAGGCUUGAUUUUACGACCCUCAAAACCUUGUGAAGUCUUGGCUGUGAUACCUCAUUCGGAAGCGAUGGAAAAGGGAUGGAGACUCAAGGGCGCUUGGUUACCCCAUAACAUGCUGGUCAUUUAUCUGCCUUCGAUUCCUCCGGAACCACCAUUAUUGAAGGGCUAUCUCAAUCUUGACAUGUUUGCCAACACGACACCUGGUAAAUCCUUUGAAUGGCAAACCAUGACUUUGGCGCUCAAAUUUCCUGUCGAGCUUUUAGAGGAGAUCAAGCGCGAUACUUUCAUUGUGGUCUGUGGACAUUCAAAAUGGGCAGCCGAAUUGAGACAAGCAUAUCAAGUUUUCAGGGCAAAGAAAAUAAACCAUACCCAGCGAAAAGUGGUCCUUCUCGACCGAUACCAAGAUUGCCGUUUCCAACGUGAUCUAUCAACAUGGAAGCGAUCAUGGCAGCAACCUUCUUUUUGGGAGUUUGGGAUUUGCGAUUUGGAUACGCCAAAAAUGCCUCCAGUGAAACGGAUAUUUCCUGAAUACACGGGUGGAUUUAUUACUACCAACCUGGAAAACAUUCUUGAGAAACCCACCAUCCUUGAUAGCAUAGCGGAUGCCACUCGACGGUUGAAUUUGAAUCCAGCAAAUGGUGAAUGGAAGUUUGUGUUGAGAGAUGAUAUUCUUGAUCGCAUAUCUCGGAGAAUGGAUAGCCAGAAUGCCUCACAGGUACGGAUGGCACUUUUACAUCUCAAGUCAAUACUUUUGUGCAAUGAAUGCGAGCUAGUACAUGAUUGGGCGGAAGAGAAUCAAGGCGAAAGCGGCGUUGCACCAACCCCGGUGGAUGACUCAGCGGUUUCGUUAAUGGAGAGGUUGUUGCGACAAUGUUGCUAUACACGCCAAAACUUUGUGAUUGUGGAUGAUAUCGCUUCCAGAAGUCCCAAACGGCUUAGGGUCAUUGAAGAAAUACCAUCUUGGGACCUAUACAAAUCGUUUUCCAUGGACCAAUCCCAUUGA